AUGUUGCGAAUCCCAACCAAACAUACCAGUCAACGACAACCUCGACUUGCUUACGAAUGUGCCGUAGGCGAAUUAUUUGGUCGCGCUCCAAUCUACGACACCAUCUUCUCUUGUGUCUCGCCCCGCACGCUUGUGCGCAUUGGUCGCAGUUGUCGUACUGCGUACGCUGCAUCCAAGGACUUCUCACAUCGUGCCUACAAUAUACACCGGCAUCUUUCUCGCUUUCUUUCCGAACCUCUCAAUUUUCGCAGCUUACAGGCGCGUACCGGGACGCUUAUUGCGGGCUCGAACGCACUUCAAUUUCUGGAUCGGACGUUUUAUCCCGAUUCUGACAUGGACCUUUACGUGCAUCCAGGGCACGUGAGAGAAGUGUUGGACUAUCUUGUUGAUAAAGAAGGAUAUAAGUUUAGGCCAGAUUCGACUCAACCUAAGGAUUACCGUGAAAUCGUGUCUGAUGAAUGGGAUGGUACUCAAAUCCGCGACGAGUCACUUGAUGAUGACGAGCUCUUACUAUACUACCAAAUCAGAGGAGUCGAAUCUGUACUUUCAAUCGAGAGACGUGGCCGGGAUGGUCUUUUGAAGAUCCAACUUAUAGUGUGCGAGACGAGCCCAUUCGAUGCCAUCAUAAAUUUUCAUUCCACCUGCGUUAUGAACUUCAUAGCCUUCGACGCAGCUUAUUCUUUGUAUCCAGUGGGGACUUUUGAAAAGAGAGAGACUCUUUCAGUUUGGAGGGCAAGACCGUUGCAUGACCUUACUGUCGAGAUCAAGUACGGCGAACGCGGCUUCGCAUGGAUUUCCACACUACCGGCCGGUACUUCUCCACAAAAUUCCCCCUUCUAUCCUUUCACAGACCGCACCGUCGGAGACCGUUAUACUUGGAAACUGCCUCUGGAUACGCGUGGGGUCGCUUUGCGUUCACAAAUGAACCCCUCUUCCUCCGUUUUCCAGUGCGACCCUGUUAUCUACAACGGCUGGGCUUUGGAGCGAGUACAAUACGGAAUGGGUACCGUCUACAAGACAAUCAAAUCGUCGGUUUUCCGGUACAACUACACGACUACCAACUACAAGCUGAACUUCAAGCUUUGGUUGUUUGCUAUCGAACAGGGCUUUUUGAGUCGCAUACUGUUGGAAAACAAUUUGCUGGAGAAAGAGAGCUGGCCGUGGUAUGUUGACACUAUUGUCGCUUAA